CUGAACUCCCCCCACAAGACACAGACUGUGUGAAGAGUGUGAGAGGUAGAAACAAGAGGGAGAAUCACCCAGAAGAACAGCAGAAACAGAGAAGGUGUUAAGCAUGCCAUCAUAUGCCACCAACAUGAGGCUCAAGUUUCCCAUUCUGGCCUUAACACUGGAAGUCGUGACCAUUGUCCUGUAUGCUCUUUUUGUGGUAUAUGACACCGGUGAUGCUCACGGACAUGAUGGGAGUCAUGCAAAAUCGAAUACAACUCAAUCAACCAGCCCAAUGACCCUUUAUCCCAUGUUUCAGGAUGUACACGUGAUGAUCUUCAUUGGCUUUGGUUUCCUGAUGACCUUCCUAAAGAGAUAUGGCUUCAGCAGUGUGGGCAUCAACCUGUUGCUGGCUGCCUUUGGCUUGCAAUGGGGUCUUCUCCUCCAGAACAUCUGGCAUAUGCAUGAGGGAAAAAUAAGAGUCAGCAUCGAUAGAAUGAUUAAUGCUGACUUCAGUACAGCGACUGUUCUGAUCUCAUUUGGAGCAGUUCUGGGAAAAACCAGCCCUGUCCAGCUUCUCAUCAUGACCCUGCUGGAGAUCACUAUCUUCUGCAUCAAUGAGCAUUUGGUUGUGGAAUUCCUUGGGGUUUCUGAUGUUGGUGCGUCCAUGACCAUCCAUGCUUUUGGGGCUUAUUUUGGAUUAGCUGUCGCUCGUGUUCUUUAUCGCCCUGGUCUUCGGAACGGCCAUGAGAAGGAAGGAUCAAACUAUCACUCAGACAUGUUUGCAAUGAUUGGCACAGUCUACCUGUGGAUGUUCUGGCCCAGCUUUAAUUCUGCAAUUGCUGAUCCUGGUGAUCCUCAGCUAAGAGCUGUUAUCAACACUUAUUUCUCUCUGGCUGCUUGCACUCUCGCUGCAUACGCUACCUCCAGUCUGGUGGAGAAGAAGGGGAAACUUGACAUGGUUCACAUUCAGAAUGCCACGCUGGCUGGAGGAGUCGCUGUGGGUACCUGCGCUGACAUGGACAUCCAGCCGUUUGGAGCAAUGUUGAUCGGAAUCACAGCAGGCGUUAUCUCCACCGUUGGCUUUAAAUUCCUCACUCCCAUACUCGCCUCCAAACUUGGAAUCCAAGACACCUGUGGCGUGCAUAACCUCCACGGCAUGCCAGGCAUCCUAGGGGGCCUUGCCGGCAUUGUGGCUGCAGCACUAGGAAAGAAAGACGGUGUUUCACCAGGUUAUCAGGCAUGUGGCUUGGCAUCAUCUCUGGGGUUUGCUUUGGUGGGUGGUUUGGUCACAGGUCUGGUUAUGAAGAUUCCAUUAUGGGGGCAGCCACCUGAUCAAAACUGCUUCGAAGACUCAAUCUUCUGGGAGGUACCUGGGGAAGAAGAGGAAGAAGAGGAACACGAAGAUCGUUUGACUCAUGGCGAUGAUUCCAAGAACAAAACAGAGGCUUGAAGCUCUGCUCCAAACCAGUUCACUUCGCAAAUCAAGAGACCCAGUCCUAUAAGCACCUCAGGGGCUGUUCACAUCAGCAUCUACUCCACUUACUAACAUCUUCAACAGUGAAAUCAUCAUAAGUACUAAGAGAUGUCAUGUUUUAUUUUAUAAUGGGUGCUUUUCUAAAUACAUGUAGCUAAAUUUUAAAAAACACCUGCAAUUAAUUUUAUGACACUGAUAAACGCUGUCUCAAACCUUCUAGGAUUAGGCAUUAUAUAAUGAAAUGUAAGAAGUUUAAAAGUAAUUCCCAAAAAGUUACUAAGUUAACUUAAAGUGUUGCUCAGUUAUUGUCAUUAUCUGCUGAAAUGCACAUAACUGAAUAGCUGCUCAUUAAAAUCUGAGCCAACGUGAGACCUUGUGCUUAAGUGUCUGUUAUCAAAGUAGUUAAUUUUACUUUGAAUGUGCUUUUUUUCAUUAUUAUGUUUUAUAGAUCCAACUGUUAUCAUCACUAGAUAUUUUGACCAAUGCUCUUUAAAUGUUUUUUCUUUAAAUAAUCAUGUAUAUAAGUCCACAUCCAAAGAGAGAUCCUUCAACUUUAUUGCAAUAAUUAUCAUUGCUCAUUAUUGUGAUCAUUAACAACCCUUUAUGCAAUUACAUAUGAAGUAUUUAAGCUAUUGUAUCCCAAAGAACUAACAAAUAUAUUGUUAACUUUUAUAUUUUCGCACAAUUUAUAAUACUUUAAUAUGAAAUACAGUGGCCCCAAAUAGUAAUUAAAAAGUCACAUUUAAAAUUUUAUAAAAAAUAUCAAAACUAAAAUAUUGGCAUGUAUUUAAAAGAAAGCUAAGCACACUUUCCUAGUUUGUUAGGAUAACAUUAGUGGAACGUGUUUAUAGUUUACGUGAUUAUAUCCAGCUGUUGUUACUCUACUAGAACACCUGAGUGAACUUGAGAAGCACUUAAUGCGUACCUCCACUAAUGGACCCUGGGACCAACCGAUUAAAAGUAGUAAUUAAUUAAGUCAAUUCUGACAAAACACUCACUGAGGAAUCAUCAUUUGUUGACAAUGUGAUGUAGUGUCAAAAAAAGCGUUUUGUGGCCACUGUACAUUCACAUCUUUGAAACUUCAUCUUUUUGUAAGGAUUGUAGUAAAACUAUGAUGUCAUACAAUAGCCUUACAUAAAAGCUCUUUUACUACAUUGCUUGAAUGUUCAGCUCGUAAUACGAAUAAGCAGACGUGAUCAGAUAGUCACUUCUUGCACUUGGUAAGACCACUAAAUGCCAUGUUUUUUAAUGAUAAAGAGGUCUUACUGCAAGCUGACUUACUGAUUCAGUUUUUGUGUCUCUGAAUGUAUGUUACCAUAUGCCUCACUCUUGAACAAGUCUGUGAAUGCAUUAAACUUGUACAUUUAUAAAA